AUGAAGUUGAACAUUUCCUACCCUGCCAAUGGCAGCCAGAAGCUCAUCGACAUUGAAGAUGAGCGCAAGCUCGCCGUCUUCAUGGAGAAGCGCAUGGGCGCCGAGGUUCCUGGCGACUCCGUCGGCGACGAGUUCAAGGGCUACAUCUUCCGCAUCACCGGAGGAAACGACAAGCAGGGUUUCCCCAUGAAGCAGGGUGUCAUGCACCCCAGCCGUGUCCGCCUCCUUCUCUCCGACGGCCACUCCUGCUACCGCCCCCGCCGCACCGGCGAACGCAAGAGAAAGUCCGUCCGUGGCUGCAUCGUCGGCAUGGACCUGUCCGUCCUGGCCCUCAGCAUCGUCAAGCAGGGCGACAACGACAUCCCCGGCCUGACCGACGUCGUCCACCCCAAGCGCCUGGGUCCCAAGCGUGCCACCAAGAUCCGCAAGUUCUUUGGCCUCACCAAGGAUGACGAUGUCCGCAAGUACGUCAUCCGCCGCGAGGUCCAGCCCAAGGGCGAGGGCAAGAAGCCUUACACCAAGGCCCCCAAGAUCCAAAGACUGGUCACCCCCCAGCGUCUCCAGCACAAGCGCCACCGUGCUGCCCUCAAGCGCCGCCAGGCCGAGAAGGUCAAGGACGAGGCCAACGAGUACGCCCAGAUCCUCGCCAAGCGUGUCGCCGAGGCCAAGGCCCACAAGGCCGAUGCCCGCAAGCGCCGCGCCUCUUCUAUGCGCAAGUAA